CACAGCAGCACCGAAACGUUGGCGCGAGGAAAGCUUGACUGUAAGGAAAUAUGGCGGCGUCUUACAUCAGCCCAACGAGAACAAUAUCGGCCAUGCUACUUCCUCAAGACACCAUCGGGCCCUUGGCAGAACAUUGCAAUUUUGGUCACCCAGUCGAGUGAGUGGCUCUUCCCAACACUGAUGGGCCUUGACCCAUUUGUGUGCCUGGUUCUGGGCCUGGAAAGAAAGCGAAAAAAAAGAAGGAAAAAAAAAGCCAACAGGCAAGCGUUUCUGUUUAUUUUCCGAUAUUGAAGUGCCCGCCCACCCCUCACCAAAAGAAAUUCUCCGAUGGCCUUUCUCAGGGCAGGAACGUCCCUCACGCGUCAGGUCUCGCGGCUUGGCAAUCACCUGGACAUUUCGCUAGUAUGCGGGCACACACGCAUCCAAGCUCUUCGUGAUGGAGCCCCUCAUCGUAUCUCAGCAGCCUGGGGGGUUUUUUUUUCGUUUGAUGAGUUGGGUUUCAGUACGCGGCUGAACCACCACUCGCUCACAUUUUCCGUCAAUCAUGUUGAGUGAUUAGAACUGAAGUGGGGAGGUUGGGGGAUGAUGUCGACGACGGGAGAGCAUUAUAAAGGCAUCAAAGUCUUGUCGAUGUUUUGCUGUCAUGUCUUCUUUCUCCCCAUCGGCCUUUGCUGAAUUCCUCUCCUUACUACUUUGCCUUGUACAUCCAACCUCUUUUUUACAGAGCUUCACAUUCGUUAGCCUUGAUCGGCAAAGUCAGUCACGUUCUUUACACACUUCUUUGCUCCUUUCGUUGCAUCUUUGCAUCACUUUUACCUGUUGAUCUUUUUGUCCACCGACUCUAGUCAACAGACUCCUCUUCUUCAGACGCAGCCCCCUUUUUUGUCUUCCAAAGGAAAGUAAAAAAAAAAAAGCCUCCCAACCACCGCAACCAUGAAGUUCACCAUCGCCACCUCGAUCCUGGCCGCCAUCCCCCUGGCGAGCGCGCACUACACCUUUGGCGGGCUCGUGCACAACGGGGCCAGCGUCGGGCGGGACUGGCAGUACGUGCGCGAGCACACGCGCACCUACAUGCCGACCUUCAAGGACGAGGCGGCCACGUCCAACGACUUCCGCUGCAACAAGGGCGCCGGCUCGGGGGCCAAGACGGACGUCUUCACCGUCAAGCCGGGCGACAGCCUCGGGCUCAGGCAGGCCUUUGACCCCAGCGGGAUGAAGCACCCGGGGCCCGCGCAGGUGUACGUGUCGCUCGCCCCCGGGUCCGUCAAGACGUACGACGGCUCGGGCGACUGGAUCAAGGUCCACCAGUCGCUGCUCUGCAAGGACCCCCUCGUGGCCCGCGACCUGCAGUACGACGGCUGGUGCAUGUACGGCGAGAACAAGAUCGAGUUCGAGGUGCCCGAGACCCUGCCCGACGGCGAGUACCUGGUGCGCGCCGAGCACAUCGCCAUCCACGGCGCCCACGACGGCAAGGCCGAGUUCUACUACUCGUGCGCCCAGGUCCGCAUCCAGGGCUCCAACGCCACCGCCCUGCCCGCCGGCGCAGAGACCGCCAAGAUCCCCGGCGUCUACAAGACCGACGACGCCGCCAUCAACUUUAGCGUCUGGGGCGGCAAGACCUCCUACCCGCUGAUUCCCGGCAUCGCCGUCGCCCCGGGCGGUACAGUCAGGGGUAGCGCCGACGGCAAGAGCAAGGCCAUCGUCAAGGUCGCCGGUGGUAGCUCUGGUGCCUCGCCUGCCCCUGUCCCCGCCGUAUCUGCUGCUGCUGCUUCUUCUUCCUCUUCCACCGCUGCCGCGUCUACCGCAGCUGCCACCACCCCGGCUGCCACCGCCCCGGCCUCGACCCUGGCCACCAGCGUGGUCGUCAGCUCUACCGCCGCCACCACCACUGCCACAACCGCCGAGGCCGUCACCACUGCCACCAGCACCGCCUCGACUCUGCCCGCCACCGAGCCCAAGCCCACCGAGCCCGCCGGCCCUGCCUGCAAGGGUGGUCACCGUGGCCGCCGCCACCGCUUCCGCGGUCCUUUCCGCGGCUAAGAAGCCAUCGCUGGAAACAGAGAACGAAAUUCAGGUCCGUCUUCUCUUGACUUGAAGCAAAGCACGUAUUCGGCCAAGCGCCAGCAGCUGGUCUUUUUCUUUCCGUGGGACUCGCACAUAGCAGGGCUGUCAGUCGCCGUUAUCUUCAUAUCAUUCUUCUCCUUUUCUUUUUCUCUACUUUUAUCUUCACCUUUGGGCAUUGAUAGUCCAUCAAAACCUGUCUUUUUGGCAGGCUUUUGUAUAUACUCUUUUUUUUUCUUUGUCAUUAUCUUCAUCAUCAUCAUCAUCAUCAUCAUCAUCAAAAGCGUCUCUCUUCCAAGCCUUCUCAAGCCCCAUUGCGCUUGGGUAGGCUGGGGCUCGGCUACCUAGUUAGCCCAGUCCUCUUGCAUUCGAUGCUACUUUCUAGAUACAUCGCUGGAAUACAUCUUGACUACUUAUCAUUUUCU